GCUGUCAACAAAUGGUCGUCAAGCGCGUCAGACCUGAAGUUCACUGGCACAAUCCUCGCAUAGUCCUGAUGAAAGAAAAUGUGUCUUCAAUUGUAUUAAAUACUCGUCCAGGUGAGGCUUUAGCGAUGGUAUUUGAAGUUUAAACUUUUUAUUUAGACACAAUGUCAUUAGCAAAGGUUAUCAAACAGAAGCCGGUGGACACGCAAACAAAUCUCGAAGUAAAAAAUAGACCUACGAGAGUCGAAACAAAGCCAGCGUCUCAGUUGAAAGUGACAUGUCCGCGUAAAACAAGGGCGUCUAGCUGUCCAAGGAGUAUACAUAACGGCAGUGAACCCAGCAAGAAACAGAGAAUCGUGGGUGAGACCAAGUGUGAGAGGAGGGCGAGGUCAAUAUCCACAGCACCUAAACCCCGUCAGGGUCACAAAGUCACUGCAACGUCUCCGAAGUCAACUGACAUCUCAACGAAAUCACCCCUCAAGUCAGAAGAAUCUGCUACAACGCCGGGACAAAAAGAGCGGGAAACGAGGUCACAUUAUGGAGUUCAGAGCCACAAAGCUUUCACGGUCAUCCCCCCGAAUCCCAAGAAAAGAAAAGAAAUUCAAAAGAAGGCGGAGGCGGAGCUAGCGGCUCUGGAGGACCUGCGGCUGAGCAGAGCGAUGGCCUAUGUGUCUAUCAAUCCCAGCAGUGUCGGCGGGUGCCUAAGUCUGGAGGAGGUGCGACUAAAACAGCAGCAAGAGAUGCAGGCCAGAAGAAGACAGAAACAGAUGAGAAAGUACCUGUUGGAACCCACGCCAAUGUUGCUAUAACGACAUAUCAAUCUCAGGCAUGCUAAAACUAGUCACUGUCAAACUCCACUCGAUGCAAAAUGGUUCUUGUUUAGAUGGAUGAUUAAAGCAAGCUUAUUCUGUGGUAGCUUACCCUUAUUGUUUUAAAUGAACAAAACAUGUUAUUUCGCCAUCUUUCAAUGUGACAUUGAGAUUACAAUGUAAAAGGAUAUUUAAAUGUUCUAUUUAUUUAAAUGACUGAUUUCUGAAACUCAAAUGUUUUAUGUGAUAAUGUAUUUUUGCUAUAGUAGUCAAAUGAUAGACACUAGAAGCAAAAAAGUUGAUUCUAUGUAUUUAUUGACACUGGUAAUUCUGCAUAUUUACGGAGGCAAAUGGCAUCAACUAAGUGUAAAAUUAAGACAUUAUGACAAAUAUGAACAUCAGACUGUUUUGGAGUAUAUGUAAACAUUCCCUGUCCUGCAAGAAGUGAAUUCCAUCGCAUUCCUCCUUUGCUGGGUAUUCAGUAAAGUGACAAGUCGCAUUUUAUUUGGAUAGUUUUUUCAUCAUCAUUAUAAAACAAAAUAUACCUUUUUGGCAAUACAUUUUUAUUUUUAGGACAAGGCUAAAUCAGAAGUCCUGGAACUUCCAUACUUUUUUUCAUACUUUCAUUUGAAGUACAAUCAUAUGCGCAAUGUGUCACUGUAUUGCCAAACUAAAUAGAAAAUUACAGACAACUUGAUUUGGUCACUCUGUCAUAUGGGUCAUCCUUAUUAAAGGAAUAAAUAGAGACUAUUGUAUGUAAAUGCAAUAUAUAGCCUAUGUACAUUUGUACCCAUACUGUUAAUCAACUUGGCUGAUUAUGUAAUAUUCAAGUAUCAUUUAGCUUCUUAGGAAAUUUCUGUGCCGGGCACUAGUGUUGUCCUCACGUUUCUCGAUCUUCUUUCCCAUCGUCACUGGAUUACAUGCUUCAUACAGUACAGAAGAAUACUCAUGGGUAAAACUACAUUAUCCAGCAUCAGAGAAACAUAGGACAAACAAAUACAGCUUGUAAAUUUAGUGUACAGUGCAAUCCCCAUGCAGUACCACAUGCACGUGUAGAGGUCGCAUGAAUAUAGUUUACCAUGCAUAUCUGUAUUGCCGAUGUUUACUGUAUGUCGCGCGACGCUUCAAUUUCUGUACAAGUGUUAAAAAAACACAAAAGAACAUUGUGUUUCUAGCUUUUCAAGCCAUUCCUUUCUGUCAGUGAGCAUUACACAUACCAAAGGUGAGGUGACUAGAGGGACUUGGAAAAACGGGAUGAGAUAUUUUUUUAAUUGAUUGAGAAUUUUUCGGCACUGUUUGACAGUAAAUUUCAUUCACACUACCACUGAAAGGACACAGUUCAUUAGGCCUACUGUUAUUGUACACUUUAAAACUGUUGUGUUGUUUAAAUGUAAAACAACCACUAACCUUUACCCUAACCACGGACAUAGCCUAAAGUAAAAAAAUGCCAAACAUGACUUUCUAACAUGGCAUGGAAUAAGCCGUAACAAAACAUCAGCGUGCAAUUCAAUGGAUUUAAGAAGGCAGCUAAACACAGAUUGCUGAACAAUUCAAGGACCAAUUUUACAUUUAAUCAUUUAGCAGACGCUCUUAUCCAGAGCGUCAACAUUUUGAGUUCCUCCACACUUGGCACAGCCUAGGUCUACGAUCCCAAAAAUAUGUUGUACACACAAUAAAAUAAAAGUCUGAGUUCAAGUAAUUAAAAGGGUGCAGAGUAAAACAUUGAACAGUUCACUGUAUCUUGCCACAAACGUUAAAAUUGCCGUUCACAGAAUAAGAGAAAAAGUAUGUACGUGUGUUGGUGUGCGCUAGGCUACUUAGAUUAGCCCUACAGAAAAGGCAGACAAUUAAAGUAAUUAUAAUGUAUGACAAUUAUGAAACCCUGUCAAUGUAUGCCUAUUCAAGUUAUACCACAAACACUGCUAAUGUGCCAAACAUCUUCUGAGAGAAUAAAUAUGUAGGAAUGAGUGUGGAGAGAAGCACAGUAAUACAACAUGGUGCAGGUGCUUCUUAGUUUAAAACUGAUCAAAGGCAUAGCCUUCACAUUGAUUGAAAAAGAAAAAUCAUAACUUCUUCACAUAAAUAACAAUUAUUUAACUGGAAACUGCUGACAGAAUUGUUGUAAACAAGAUUAGUAUUGAAUUUCAUGCCCAGCACGCAAAUAAUACUUCAGGUAUAACGCAAAAAUAGACUAAAACAAAAACAAUUGUAGCAUCAACAGUAUUUGCACAUAAUAGCAAAAUAUGUCAAUGUACAUUGUAGCCUGUGAACAUGAAAUUACUGCCAUGUUAACGCUUGAGUGUUGGGGACAAAGUAAAAUCAUAAUCUGUGCUAGUAAAAUAGUAUGAACAAUAGAAUCCUUCUUUCAAACAGAACCCUCACACCUCCACCCAGGGCCGGCCCUAGGGUUUUGGGGGCCUAAUGAAAAAUAGUGUAUGGGGCCCUUUUGAUUGGCAAAUUGAUUUUUUUUUGGGGGGGGGCCUAAAUAAAUGUUUAGUUUGUUUAUUGGAUUGGGCCGGCCCUGCCUCCACCCCAAAUACACAAACUAGAUGUCUGCACUCAUGCAAUCUCUCCCCUGGCAUUUUAUAUCUGACUUCACCCGUUACAGACGUGAGACCCUGACUCUCUUUCAGUUCCGGAUCCUAACGUUUUUGAGGUAAAUGGAAGGGAGGGAGAUGAGGGUUUAGCUGGGUUGAAUCUAUUCAGCCUGCAGGCUCAGCAGCGGUGUGUCCAGACAUUUUUGAUAGGGGUGGCACCAGGGGUGGCCCGCCUCUGACUGGGCAUAUAGC